AUGAAAGUAAGGCUGCUCAAACAAUGGACCCAUCGCUCUAUGCGUCGACUGAAGUUCUUUAUUAAACUUGGUUCCUUUAUUUGUUUCAUUCCCAUAUCCAGUGACUCAAUUUCAGAACAUGUCGUGGGGUCAACAACAGCCGUACAAUCCAAAUUAUCCUGGGGGAUAUGGCCAAGCACCCCCCCUGCUGCCAACCCAUCAGCUCCACAGGCAGGCUACGCCCCUCCCCAUGGACAAGUACCAGGUUAUAGGGCUCCCCAACCAGGUUAUAAUCCGGCAUACGGUGGACAGCCUGCUGGCCAAGCACCAGGGUACGGUUCCCCACAAGCGCCAAGGUAUGGAGCACCACCUCCAGCACAUGCACCGGGUUAUGGUGCAGCACCUCCAGGUCAGGCACCGGGCUACGGUGCACCUGCAUAUGGUGCCCCUCCUCCUCAGCAAGGCUAUGGUGCCCCUGGAUACCACCCAGCUGGUGCCCCAGGGGGUCCCCCUCCAGGUGCAGACCCAACCCUGUGGUCCUGGUUCAAAGCAGUAGAUCAAGAUAAUAGCAAUGCCAUCACUGCCCAAGAGCUUCGCCAAGCACUCCUCAAUGGGAACAACUCCAACUUCAACGUCGAAACGUGUCGCCUUAUGAUUGAAAUGUUCGACAAGGAUAGGAAUGGCACCAUAAACUUUAAUGAGUUUGCAUCAUUAUGGAAGUACAUCCAGGAUUGGAGAGGCUGCUUUGACAGAUUUGACAGGGAUAGAUCAGGGAACAUUGAUGCCAAUGAACUCAAUACAGCCUUCCAGACAUUUGGUUACAGAUU